AUGGAUGGAUUCAUGGAUCUCUAUUCCACUCCUUCUCUGCACAUUUCAAAUUGUGUCACUUUAAAGCUCACUGAGCAAAAUCACAUCAUCUUGAAAUCCCAGUUUGAAUCUUUUCUCAAAACUCAAGCACUCUUCGGUUUUGUUAACGGUGCUCACAAACCACCAACUGAGACGAUACCUAUUCGCAACAACAAAGACGGCAAGAUUGAAGAUGUUCCUAACCCGGACUUUGAGAGUUGGUCCAGAUCUGACCAAGUGGUCAAGGCGUGGCUGCUUGGUUCAAUGACUGAAAAUGUUCUUCGUCUGGUUGUUGGCUCUGCAACAGCUCAGGAGGUAUGGGAUACUUUGACUUCUCACUUCAACCGUACCUCUUCAUCUAGGUUAUUUGAACUGCAACGUCGUCUGCAAAACUCUGAAAAGUUAGACAAGAAUAUGUCUGAUUAUCUAGGGAGCAUUAAAGAUAUUUGCGAUCAGUUAGCCUCUAUUGGUGACCCUGUUAGCGAAAAGAUGAAGAUUUUUGCUGCUUUAAGAGGUCUGAGUCGUGACUAUGAGCCGAUAAUAACUGUUAUUGAAGACUCAAUGGAUGGAAGUCCUCAACCAACAUAUGAAAAUGUGAUUUCACGUUUAACUGGUUAUGAAGAUCGACUUCAAAGCUAUUCAAACUCUUCUGACAUCUCUCCACAUCUUGCUUUUCACACAAUGAGGUCAUCAAGUUUCUCAGGCAGAGGACGUGGGAACAGAGGCAGAGGUCGUGGAAGCUACUCAACCAGAGGGCGAGGCUUCCACCAACAGUUUUCUGGCUCUCCUCAGUUCUCAGGCUCUCAUCAAGGUUUCACCAAAACAGAGUUACCAGUCUGUCAAAUAUGCAGCAAAAGAGGACAUAAUGCUCUAGACUGUUGGUAUCGAUUUAAUGAAGAGUAUCAGAAACAGGAAGUUGCUGCUGCAGCGUUCUCUGCACUUCGUGUCUCUGACGUCACUGAAGACGAUGGGUGGUAUCCAGAUUAA